UUGGCUCCAGAGGGUGGAGAGCGGCUACUCUUUCGGGCGGCGUUUUCAUGUCUCUCUGAGCUGCUUUCUCUCUGUCUGUCGGGGAGCUGAUAUCAACUUCACAUAAGAGAAGUUACUUCUCGUGUCACGGAAUGGAAGCGGUCCCGUUUAAGAAGCUCGCUGAGUUUAAGCUCGACCUCGGUCCUCUUAUGGAGCCGCUCGGAUUUAUCAAAGUCUUGGAAUGGAUAUUCGCUGUAUUUGCCUUUGCCACAUGUGGUGGCUAUUCAGGAGCAAGUGAGGCUUCCAUUAAAUGUACGUCUGGCAAGGAUCAGCUGAUCACAAUCCAUUUUGGUUAUCCUUUCAGGUUAAACAGAAUUUCUUAUGAAGCGCUCACCUGCAAUAAUGCUACCGGUUAUCAGACAUUUCAUCUGAAUGGAGACUUCUCCUCAUCUUCAGAAUUCUUUGUUACGAUUGGAGUGUUUACAUUCAUGUACUGCGUUGCUGCUCUGUUGGUGUAUGUAGGGUACCAAAACCUUUACCAGCAGAAUAAGUAUCUACCACUUGCUGAUUUUGCUGUGACCGCAUUGUUUGCAUUCUUGUGGCUGGUCUCCUCCUCUGCUUGGGCACAAGGUCUGUCCGAUGUUAAGUACGCUUCAAAUCCAUCUGUUCUGAUCGGCAACGUGGAUACCUGCCAAAGGCAGGAUGUUGUGUGCACUCCAGCUGCUUUGCCCCGCAUGGGUCGCCUCAAUGCAUCUGUGAUAUUUGGCUUCAUGAACUUCAUUUUGUGGUCGGGCAACAGCUGGUUUGCAUACAAGGAAACGUCCUGGCAUAAGCCGGGUAGCCCACAGGGCGAUGCCGAGCAAGGCAGCCAAGCGCAGUACUGAUUUAUGACCCUCAUCUUCCACUCCCUUCCACCUUUCCCUUCAAAAACAAACUUGUGCAAAUGCUCUGGGUUAGUGUCAGACCACACAAACCCAACCACCCAACACAUUUGGAGAAGAAUAAUUGUUACACGGCCAAAAGAGGGCUGGGAGGAAGCUAUGGCUACCCGACUGCACCACAAACCAUGCUGCAACCUAUUAUCUCCCCUACCUCAUUAACUAAAAAGCAAUUCAUGGACUCUAUGCCAUCUAUAGAGUACGUACAUUAUGUCGAUAUGGUGCUGAGUAAUUCAGCUUAUCAUACUCAUUUUUUAGUUCUACAUUCUGGGUUUUAAUUCUAUUUCCAAUGUUAAUUCCUGAGAAAGCUUUGGGACGAGCCCAAGGUCUUGGGGCCCAACUGCUGCUGCCCACUUGAGAGUUAGUUUCAUGUUUAAUGUUUAAAACCAUGUUUAAUAUUUAACAUUUUAUUCUAACAGCACGCAUACCUUCCACUCUGCCAUCUUCCUGAUAAUAUUUUUAUUUAGUGAUACAAUCAUUAAAAAAAGAUGCCAUCCAUGCAUACUAGAUGUAAAUACAACCACAGUAAUACAACUCUGUAAUACAACCACAGUAAUGCUGGAGCUCUUUCUUAUUUUCAAGAACUCUUCCAAAUUUUGUUCUCUUCACACAGUUCUUGCUUGUAAGGAGUCUGGAUCUCAGUGUGUUGCUGAUGUUUUGACUGUUAUAAAAUUGGAUGUAUUCCUGAAUGCAGAAACAUUCUUUGGAAGUUUAUCAAGUAGGCUGGUCAAGGCAAGUUGAUGGUUGGGCAUUUUUAAAUAUAAUUUGUCUGUGGGGUUUGGUGUUUUCAUCCUUUUCAAUCAUUUAAAAGUUAAGUCCCACUUCCUCAUAGGGAGCAAUUCCUAUCCUUCCCAGAUAAAGUUGCACAUCCUCAGACAACAGUUUUUCUAUCCUUCACUUUUUGAAUUAUUUUUGAUACGAUUGGAGGCAAUGUUUCUCUCUAAUACUAUUAUGCUACCCCACCCCCCAGCUUCUUCACCCUUUCCCUGUCUUUAUAUCAGCACCAGGAAUGGCUGGGCCAAGGCUCUGAGGUUCAGUACAACCCAAUCUGGAAUUGUGGAUUUCCCACACUGAACCAUCCCAUUUCCUACAACAGCCAUGUUCCUGGGGCAUAGUAAUGUGGUAUGUUCUGUGGGGGUUAGCUUGGCAGCUAAAAUGUUCUUGUGUUUUAGAAAGCUGUUAAACCUUUCUCGGCUGGGUAAAUAACUCGAGGUUUCAGAAAUGGGGCUUAUUGUGCUUGAUACAAUCUGGUUAUUGGCAGAAGGGAAGCUGGUGGGUAGUAAUGUGGAAGUGACUUGAGGGAAAGCAUUGGCUUGGGAGAUGGUGACAUUUCCUGCUUUCAUCUUUUCUAGUGGCAGUACUGCUUUUCUGAGCUGUCAGUCUCUGUGGUUGUCACCACACCAAACGAGGCUCCUGCUCAGAUAAUCCGUACAAGAAAACUUCGGGGGUGAAGGGGGUGGUUAUAGUCUUGGGAAUAUCUGGUGGUGCUUGGCAAUGAUUUGGGGAAUGCAUGUGUGGGGGGUGGGGGAAUGAAGGGUAAUUGGCUAAGCUGGAACUGGGAGGGCAUAGGUUGAAGGAGGGCUUCAGGGUGCUUUUCACACUUGUUUGAGUUAUUUUGCUGUUUCUGUGUUCACACCAACAUUUGUGUUGUGAUCUGUAAGUGCCCAUUCUGCAAGAGGACCUGGUUUACAAAACAUUCUAAGAUUUUGGAAACUAAUCCAGUCAGAGAAGAGGGGCAAGAGUUGGUGCCUUGUCGUAUUCCCACUGCUCAGGUGUACACUCGGCUUUCUGUGAUAACUGCAAACUGGCAAUUUAGGAGGAGGAUGCAGCCUUGAAAUUGUGGGAUUGAAAUAAAAUAUUGCCUCUCAGUAGGCUUCUGUCCUGGCUUUGUUGAGGAAGGAGGGUGAAAAGAGGGAAAACAUGAGUCUCCCAGGUCUGUGCCAUAUUCAUGGUGACCCUGUCAAAAGCUGCUUGUGCUGCUCUCCCUCGUCUGUUGCUGAGCAGCAAUGGCAGAUUCGCACUGUAGGUUUGACAACCAGUCCUGCAGCAGAAGAGGUUGUCACUGUUUGGGGAAAAGGCUGCAUUACAAGGUAUGCUCCGAAAUUAGAAAACUCAGCGAUGAUCUGAUCAAGUAUGGAAAUAGAACAUAAAACUUUAAAAAUUAUAUCAAAAGGACUGAAAUACAAAGGGUAGAAGUUUAUGGCACUGCAAUUGGACCCAUUUCCAGUGAUUAAUUCUGAGCACCAGCUCUUGUUAAUGACUCAUCAGUUUUAAAAUGGCAGUAACACAGUACAACAUAAUAUAUGGGAGCAGAAGUAGGCCAUUCGGCCCAUUGUCACUUACUCGGUCAAUACCAGCAAUAAAGACAUUACGUUAACAUAUUACAUUCAAGCGAAUGCGUUCUUUGUUUAUGUAGAAUAUUAUGUGAGAGAGAGAGGAUGAUCAAACAGUGACAGCUAUUGUCCUUGCAAACAUUUUACAAUCUUGAUCUGUCGAUGUAUUUUUGUGACCAUUCAG